CACGUCGCAGAUUUUGCUAUCCCAUCUUCCGACAUAUCCCAUCAUUUUUCACAUCGUGCAAGCACCAAUGCUGCUCCGCGGCAUCACGUUGAGUGCUCGCGUCUCCGCCCCUGUGCGUCGAAUCUCACCUCUCCACCGCAGACACAUCUACAGCACGUCUCGGAUCUUAUCCGGCGCUGGUAUAUCGCCCAACGAUGCUGCAUACCCCGAGAAUGAUGCAGCCAAAGUGACCCCAAUGGUGGCGCAAUAUCUCGCCCGCAAGAAAGAGUACCCAGGUGAUUGCAACGACUUCCCCAAGUUUGUACCGUUUGUAGUAAGCAACACUCAUUGAUGGUAUUACGGUGGCAGACUGCAUGCUGCUAUUCCAAGUGGGAGACUUUUACGAAUUCUUCGGUGAUGAUGCGCGUCGAGCAGCUCAUGUAACGUGGUCGGAGGAAGCAUUGUGCUACUACAGCAUCUAAUAUAUUACUGUUAUACGUGCUGUGUGUAGUUAUUAAACCUGGCACUGACGAGGAAGACCAAGAAGACGCAAGUAUUGAACGAGAUGUGCGGAUUCCCAGUGGGGUCGGUGGAUUCGUUCGUGGAGAAACUGGUAUAGUGGUGUUAGCGCUUAAAACGUGGGCAGCUAUUAUAUACUAACUGACCUUUCAAUUUGGUGUGAGCAGGUGAUGCAUCAUGGCGUAAAGGUGGCAAUAUGCAACCAAGUUGAGAGUGCAUCUAGUGCGAAGAAACGUGGCUAUAAUGCUCUUGUCGAUCGACAAGUAGUUCGGAUUGUAACUCCGGGUUCUUUGGUGGAAGAUACGAUGUUGACGCCAAAAGAGAACAACUAUUUAGCAUCUCUCUUCUAUGACGAAGAUAAGUGGGGACUCGCGUGGGCUGAUUUAUCGACAGGAGAGUUCGUAUCCACCACAUCUACAAGCGAGAAACUCGCCAGCGCUAUUUUGCGCUGUUCACCGAAAGAAAUCCUACUGCCAAGUACUGAAGAAGAGUGCAUGACGGUGGACAUGCCCAAAGAUGCCGUGGCACUGUUGGACGCUGUACUUCCAAACUCUUGUAUGAGAACUUUUCGACCGGCUACGAGUUUUAUUCCACGAACGUCAAGACGUCCACUUCGUGAUGUGUUUAAAACACUUGACGUUUCUGAACAAGCUGCCGCGUCGGCCAUCUUGGACUACAUAGACUUUACGCAUCGUGGUACGAGUGCGUUGAUCCGUACGCCACUUCAUGUCGAGUCUUCUGAUCACAUGAUCAUUGAUUCGAGUGCAUGGAGAGGUCUGGAGCUGGCUAAAUCUCUCAGUGGCUCAAAGAUGUCAAGUCUACUACAAGCUAUUGACUCAACAACAACUCCAGGAGGUUCACGGCUUCUUGCGUCUCAUUUGGCGUCUCCUUUAAUGAACCUGGAGCUUCUUGAACGUCGCUUGGAUGCUGUCUCUUACUUCUACGGACAAGAACAAUUGCUUCAACGCACACGCAGACAGCUUGCCGAAGUGUUUGACUUGGAGCGGAACCUCCAGCGUUUAUCUAUUGGCGUCGGCACUCCGAAAGAUCUCAAGAAUGUGGCGUCAACAAUCGAUGAAGCCAGGCAGUUAGUGGAGCUUAUAAAGUCUCACGAACGACUAAGACACAGUCGACUACCUGAUCUCCCUGGAAAAGAAGCUUUGUGCUUACCUCCAUUGCUUCGUGACUGCUGCAAUGGCCUCAUUGCCAACGAAUCGCCGAAUGAAAAUAUCGCCAACGCUGCCACAGAAAUUCACGCAGCACUUAAAGACGACUACACGACGCUUAACUCCAAGAGCGGGUUUGUUCGUGCUGGGUAUUCUUCAGAGCUAGACAAGUGGCAAACGAUACUCCGACACGACCCGAAAUCCCCUGAAAAGCAGGACUUGCAAAGUAAAUACCGCGAAUUACUAGGAUCCACGCGACUUCGCGUAAUAUUCCAAGCCGAGAAAGGGUAUUUCCUUGAUAUCCCACACGACGAGAACGCCAAACUACUCAAGAACGAGCAAAGUCGACGUGAAUUGGAGCAGUUAACACUCUUCCAGUCUUUGAAAAACUCGGUGCGAUAUCGUAGUGAGGAAUUGCGUCAGAUGAAUCGGGAGCUUACGGAAGCAGCAGUGGAGGUGGAGCGUGUGGAGAAUGAUAUUUUCUCGUUACUACGAGACCGAGUACUACUCGUACGCGACGAGUUACAAGCCAUGGCUAGUGCUAUUUCUCAGAUCGACGUCGUCUGCUCUCACGCUCAAGUGGCUCUGGACCGAAACUUCGCUCGUCCAUUACUGGAUGGCAGCUGUGAACUGCACAUCGAAGACGGACGCCAUGCUGUAGUGGAAGCCGCGCAUCUUCGAGGCUCUAACUCGAAAGGAAUGCGUGCUUUUGUCCCGAAUAGUCUGCAUCUCGCAGCAGCACCGGUGGGCUCUUGUUGGCUGCUUACUGGACCAAAUAUGGGCGGCAAGAGCACUUUUUUACGACAGAAUGCGCAUCUCGUGGUCUUGGCGCAAAUGGGCAGUUUUGUGCCCGCUAAGUUUGCGCGUGUUGGUCUCGUGGACAAACUUUUCUGUCGAGUGGGGUCUGCUGAUGAUCUGGCGGCUGAUAAGAGCACGUUUAUGGUGGAAAUGCAAGAGACGUCGACGAUCCUCACACAAGCCACGAGUCGCUCGCUAGUGUUGAUGGACGAAGUAGGACGCGGGACGGCAGUAAAUGACGGGGUGGCCAUUGCGGGGGCUGUUCUUGAAGCGCUGUGUGCCAAGCAGACGCGGACUCUGUUUGCCACACAUUUUACUGCUUUAAGUGAGUUAGUUGGGGACACGUGUAAUGGAGAGUUGCGACCGUAUCGGAUGGAGGUAUUGGAGCAUCAAGUGGAUGGAGAGACCAAGCAUUUAGUGUUUUCCCAUCGAGUCGUGGAAGGUCUGGCAGCUCAGUCGUAUGGCAUUAAUACAGCAGCAUUGGCUGGAUGUCCACCUGUUGUCGUUGCUCGGGCAAGCGAGUUACUAAGCGAACUGACUCAUGAAAACUCGAAUAGUAGUCAUACCGACCGAUUGCAGCGUGUCCGGGCCGUAUUAAGGUCAUGGGAGUCAGAAAUGGCAGGCAACGACGUGAGGAAUUCUAUCGACCCUCUUCAGAUAUUAGAUGAACUGCAUCAGAUUUUGAACGAAAGUGUAGAAUUUUAAUAAAGGCUUAACUGUUGUUACUUCACUAU